UAUCUUUUCCCCACUAUAGUGAACACGCCCUUAGUGACAUGUCAUAAGUGCCUCAUAAUCCCGUCAUUGUCUACUUGUGGACUUCUUCGCCUGUUUAGAAGGACAGGACGCAUUUUGAGGUGUUUAUGACUCUUUUGGUUUGCCAUAGUUCUCACAGGGCAGUAUUAUUCCACCACAGCGCCGUGCUGCACAGCGGAAAUACAGCGGGGAGGAACAGCGGGUUACGCGGACAGGACUCAUGAAAGCCGGGGUUUGAGAGCUGGGAAAGCCCGAGGAUCCCACUGCGGCCUGUACCUGGAGGCGGUCAAAGUGGCUGCAAAUAUGGCAGAGGAUCCUCAGAGGAACUUCAGAUCAGCCUAUUAUGAAAAGGUGGGCUUCAGGGGCGUGGAAGAGAAAAAGUCACUUGAAAUUCUUCUCAAGGACAAUCCCCUCGACGUGGAAAAGUUGAGUACGUUCAGUCAGAGAUUUCCGUUACCCUCUAUGUACAGGAUCCAUGUAUGGAAAGUUCUGCUUGGUAUCCUGCCUCCACACAGCGAUUCUCAUGCACUGGUAGCCCGUUACAGGAAAGAGCAGUAUACGGAUAUAAAAGAAGCUCUACUGGCGAUGCGCUUUGUGAACAACGGCACACCAAACACCGAGCUCUCUCGCAUGCAUCAACUGGAGAAGCAGCAGUUGCCUUGCCGCUCAGAUCUCACGAAACCUAGUGAAGAGGAUGAAGAUUUCUUGGCUAUUGCCAGGGUGAUGGAGGAGAUUGUGGAUGAUCCGGUGGACUGCUAUUGGCUGAUUAGGUCCUUCGUCAACCAAUUCAAUCACAAGUUCGGCGACUCCAUACCUCACCUGCCCAAGAGUCUGGAGUAUUUCCUGUCUCAGGAGGACAGUCGUCUUUUAGCACACCUGCACGCUUCAGGCAGUCUGGCUGUACUGCCUUAUAACCUUUGGUUCAGACGCUGUUUUGCAGACUGCUUGCCAGAGUCCAGCCUACAGAGAGUCUGGGACAAGGUGAUCAGCGGCUCCUGUAAAAUCUUGGUUUUCGUGGCGAUGGAGAUUUUGCUGAGCUACAAGAUCAAGCUCAUGGGAAUGAGUCGACCGGACGCAGUGGUAAAAUUCCUGAGCAAUAUACCACAGGAAAACAUGGACGCCAUAGUGACCAAAGCCAUAGAACUGUGGCACAAGUACUGCGGGACGCCUAUGCACUCUGUUUAACCCUUAUGAACUAUGGAGCAUGAAUGCACACUGAGACCUGUGUGGUGCCUGUGAGCAACUUGUGCUCUGCAGAUGUUUUGAUCUGCAGCUCCUUGGCUACGUUUCCAUGCAGCCAAAUAACGUCGGACGAGAAAUCGCUUUGGAUGAGCAUCUGGAAAAUUGCAUCGAUAUGAAACUACUCGAUUUGGCUGGAAUCGAAAAUGUUCACGUGAACGACUUGAUCCGAAGGUCAAUCUGAAUGACAUUUUUAUCUGAUGGAACAUGGUUGAUCGUCUUUAAUAAUUGAUUGAGUUUCUGUGUUGGAUCGCUCCGUGUUCGAUAAAUAAAAAUGGUAAUAUACCAUUUUCUCGUGA